CGGCAGGGGGCGGCAAUGAGUGGGCGCUGAACCGGCCUGGGGCAACCCUGCAGCCUCUCUGCGCAGGAAGACAAUGCGUCUUGCAAAAUUUUGAGAAGGCUCAAGGCUUUAAAGAAGGCUCGUCUAAAUAAAGGAGGGUUAAAGUGACAUUGCAGUUACUUAAUCCUGUGCUUUCCUUCCAUGUGACUCGAAGAAGACUGAGGUGCAGCUUUUCUUUUUCCAGUGCACAGAUUAUACUGCUCCAACAUCCUCCAGCAGCAGUUCUGCACAUCAAAGUAGCAAUGGAAAUUAAACAAAUCAGUGGCAAGCAUUUUACAGCAGGGCUGCAAGGUAAAGGUCAGGCAUUUCCAAAUCACAGUGAAAAGCUUGCUGGCUGAAAAAUGAAUCAAAGGAAAAUCCAACUUUCAGCUUUUGGACUGAGCCUUGAACCAAGAAGGACUGCAUCAAAUCCUACCGAAGGUUAGCUGUUCGAAAGGAUCUGAAAGUUUUUGGACUUAUUCAAAGUAGUUAUUGAUCUACCAGUCUGAGGUGUGCAUGUCAGUGUUUUCAGGGCAGCAAACUAGAACCUGAAAGUUAAAGCAGUGUCAAAUGUAUUGCAUCUGUUUGCACUCCAUUGAGAAUGGAUGCUUUGCUUUUGUAUAUGUACAAUUUACAGCUUUAAUUAUCAAGCCUUUUUUAUCUUACAAAUAAGGUUUUAAAAUUGCUCACUGGAGGUUAAAGCCAAUUGGCUUUUAAUUUUACUUCUGAUUUUGGCUAGAACCAGCAAUAUAUAUAUGAUGGCAAAUUUGGUUGUUAAGUCAUUUCCACAUUGAUCUUUGGACCUCUGGCAAUUUUUGUUCAGGUUAUCACAGUUCUGUUAUGUCCAGGAUUGUAUUCCACUGGAACAGCUUGUUAAACCAAAUGGAAAUGUGAUUGCUCUGUGGACUAUGACAACAAGCUAUAUGAAUGGCGGAGAUCUUGGAAACCACCGAUAUGCCAGAUGGAAUCGUGAGGACAGCGGAGAGGACUACGGGCGGGCUGAGUGCUACGGAGAAGAUGAAGAGGGCAGGAAGCGCAGGCUGACCCCAUUUGAGAAGCUAACCCAGGAUAUGUCCCAGGAUGAAAAGGUGGUGAAGGAAUUAACUCUGGGGAAGAGGAUUGGAUUCUAUCGAGUGAGAGGGGAAAUAGGGAGUGGGAAUUUCUCACAAGUGAAGCUUGGAAUUCAUUCUCUAACCAAAGAAAAAGUAGCAAUUAAGAUUUUGGACAAGACCAAGUUAGACCAGAAGACUCAACGCUUACUGUCCUGUGAAAUUUCCAGCAUGGAAAAACUGCAUCACCCAAACAUUAUCAGACUUUACGAAGUGGUGGAAACAUUGUCGAAACUGCACCUCGUCAUGGAGUAUGCAGGAGGUGGGGAACUCUUUGUUAAAAUCAGCACAGAGGGAAAGUUAGCAGAAAUGGAAAGUAAAUUAAUUUUCUCCCAGAUUGCAUCUGCUGUGAAGCACAUGCAUAACAACAAUAUCAUUCACCGGGACUUGAAAGCAGAAAAUGUAUUCUAUACCAGUAACACCUGUGUGAAGGUGGGAGACUUUGGAUUCAGCACAAUAAGUAAAAAAGAGGAAACUUUAAACACUUUCUGUGGGUCUCCUCCUUAUGCUGCCCCUGAGCUCUUCCGAGAUGAAAACUAUGUUGGUGUUUAUGUGGACAUAUGGGCGCUAGGCAUCCUUUUAUAUUUUAUGACAACUGGUACAAUGCCAUUUCGUGCAGACACAGUGGCCAAACUGAAGAAGUGCAUUCUUGAUGGGACAUAUAGCCUGCCCCCAUCCCUUUCAGACACUUGCCAGAAACUGAUCAGAGGAGUUCUUCAGCCAGUCCCAACUGCACGAUACUCUAUUGAAUGUAUUAUGAAGAACGAAUGGAUGCAAGGGAUACAGCAUCCAAAAGCCUUGGACCCAUUUAAACUGGAUCCAAAGUAUUUAGCAGAGACUAGUACCCUCAAAGAGGAGGAAAUUGAAGUGAAAAAUACCUUGCAAGAUUUGGGAAUCACAGAAGAACACAUUCAAAAUAACCGUGGAAGAGAUUCUCGAAGCUCAAUAACUGGUAUCUACCGAAUUGUUUUGCACAGAGUGCAAAAGAAAAGAGCCCUGGAGACUGUUCCUAUAGUCACGCAACCAGAACCCAAAGAGCAGGAUUUAAAGAAAGGUCACAGUUCACACCGUGGUAUCAGACAUACAUCCAAGUUGUGUUCAAUUUUAUGAAUUGCAUAUAGCAGACUUUACAUUCAGUAACUUUAACAAGGGGUUUUAUUCAUUUCACAGUAAGCUUUGAUGUUACAUUUUUGUAAUUUUUAAAUAAACCAAAACUGCCUUAAAUCUCAAAAUGUAUUAGUUCAUCCAGAGGACUGAUUUGCUCAAACAGACUUGUUUGUGUUUGCACUUCGGCCCACAGACCUCACAUGUAAAAUGGAAGAUAUACUAAUUGAUUAACAAAUACAACUUGUUUAAUAGAUGUUGUCUUUUAAUAAUUGAGUAGAAUUACUCAAUAUACUUGGGCUGAUCUUUUAGGACAACUAUUUAUAAUAUGUGGCCACUUGCAGAAAUAUUACGUUAUUAGCCUGCUGUUAAGUCACAACAGUGCAGUAAUCUAAAUGACUGCCAAUUUGCAAUGGACAAAAUCUGGUUAUUUAAAGAGACUGAUUCCUGAACAGCUGUGAAUAUUUAUUUACAAGGACUCUAUAAGUAUUACUUAAGACAAGACUGUUUGUUAGGUAUUAAAUGUUAGAGCUUCAUUUUUAGCUAUUACACCUUGACAAAGAAGCUCUAACCGUUUUUUCCUCUCUCAUCAUUAGUCCAGGAUCAGCUUUUGAAAAAUCCUGAAAAUUGCUGUAAUGUAUCACAGGUUAUCCUGUAUUUAAAAUCAAACCCUAACAUGAUGCUCCACUAACUCAAAUCAAACAAUUUGUCACCUUUAUUUUAGUACCACUGUGAGAAAUGCUGCGACUCCUGGGUCCACUCAGCUAUGCUGCCAUCUACUGGAACUUGUAUGGUCUGAUCAUUGAGUAAAUUAAUAAGUAAGGCUAUUAUUUUGUCAUGAAUAUUUUUAGUAAAAGUCAUGGGCAAUGAACAAAAAUUCAAGGAAGCUGUGACCUGUCCUUGACUUUUACUAAAAACAGUCCUGACAAAAGGGAGAGGCAGGAGGGUCCACCACCCUGCCCUGCUGCAUGCAGUGGCACGGAGCUUUGGCCCUUUGCCCUUGCCCAGUGGCUGAGAACUUGGGCGGGUGGCUGGGAGCUGAGGGGGUCCCCUCCUGCAACUGGACUGCUGAGGGAGAGAGUCCUGCCGCUGGCAGCAGUGGCUGGGCUGCUGCAGGGCCCCAAUGUUAUGAAGGUUGGAGAAAGUCAUAGAAUCUCUGACUUCUGCUAUGGCAUGACAAACUUUAAUAAGGCUACAAGUAAGGAGAUGAGGCAUCAAGAAUGCAGAACUAUGGCAUAUCUAGCCCUGCUCCAAAUGAAGGCCAUGGGCUAUUGCUAACAGGACCAGACUCCAAGUUUAUCUGGCUUUAUAGAUUCAACACUCAUGUUUUUGCAUAGGGUAUUAAGGAAACAUACCAUAAUGCAGUGCUUCUGGCUCAUGUUACUUCAGCAGUAAAGAUUAGCACCAAAAGCCAAAAGGUUUUGUUUUUGUUUUACUUCUAAUGGUCACUGGUAUCAAAAUCAGCCACCAAAUACUACAACCCAUGCGCAAGAGUGGGAUAGGGUUGUUUCGGGAGUUUUCUGACAGCCUAGUCUCCUGUAGUAGUGGUCUCCUUGCCUUAUUCACAUUACUAUGUACGCUUUUAAGAGACAGUUGCCCUAUGCAAUCCUUGUGUGUAAGACAGGUGACAAAGAUACCCCAACUUCUGCUUAAAUCAGAAGUUUUAGGCUCUGCUCCCCUACCUCAACUUAAAUGCAAACUGUAAGAAAGGUUUCCCAAUAGUUAUACCACUAGGAGCUGGCACAGUUAAAAUAGCUACUUUGACAGCUAGAGGUAAGCCCCUGUUAGGCUAAGUAAAAACUGAAGUUGCACAGCUGCCAUUAGUAAUACAAACGGACAACCAGACCUUAAGUUCAGAUGCAGCUUUUCCAUAUUUACACUGGCAUGGUGGGUUUUUAAAUAGCUCUUUUUCUACAUUAAAAAUGAAGAGGGGUAGUUCAUUUGCUUUUAUGUAGUAAAGAGGAGCGUGGAUUUUUUAAAAAAGUAAUAGGAAACUGCAGUCAUCAUAGUCAUAGAUGAGUGCAGAGCAAGUGGGCAGUCAAGAAAAAUUAAGUCUUUUUCAAAACACUGAAGGAAAGGGGAUGGGAGAAAAAUUGUUGCAGACUACAGCUGUGUUAGAAGUGGUUUGGGUUUAAAGAACAAGCAGUACAGAACAGUCAAAGAUACAGUCCUAAAACAUGAUUCUAAAUGGUUAGCAUGUCAACUAGACAGUCUGAUUCAUUUUCCUCUUAUUAUUCCACUAUAAAACGGAAAAGUGAAGCAUUUAUACUAGAAAACCUGCAUAGGUUGGGUUCCCUGAUCAGUAACCUGUGCACUCUCCAGUGUUUGCUGGGUCAUUAGAUUCUUCCUAAUCCAUUUAAGACAUGUAUUCCACAUCAGUUCAGCAUUGCACCAAACACCGUUUUGAGUAUCUCUAAAACUUUAUUUACAAAAGCAGCUGCUUCAGUGUUAGUGAGGAUGGCAAGUUAAUUUUUUUGUCCCAGUAGUUCUUUGCCUGUCCAUUGCCAGCAAUAGACUUUAUUCUGUGAUAAAUUUGUCUUCUGGCAGCAAAUAAGAGUUGCUCUUAUGAAACUAAAAACCCAAACACUUGGAAAAGUAUCUUCAUGCAUCAUUUCUCCAUCACUUUCCGUAAAAGCACUUAGACCAUUAGUCCACAUCAGUUCAUAUUAAAUGAAAUUUUAGAAAGUUGACUGUACAAGUCCAACAAAAAAAGUUAUCAAAUCCUCAUGAGUGACGUACGGUGUAUUAUACAAACACGACUUUACACAAGAACCUGCAUUUCACAACAUGUCAUUUCUGCAAGUUUAUAUUAGACAAUUAAGUUUUGAAGUAGACAAUGAAAUAAAACUAAACAAGAGAUUGAGUCCUGUACAUUAGAACAAUUUAAAUAUAUUUUACAAACUAGCAAGGCUCUUGACAGCUCAGAAUGGUCUCCCCACUAGUUUUGGGCAUUUGCUCCUUGCAUGAUGAACAGCUUUCAGACUAGAAACAUGGAAAAAGGUUUGUGUGUUUUUUUGCAACAGUCUUGUUACAGAAAUACAAGGGGAGUGUGAAAUAUGAAAUCAAUCAUGAGUUCAGAGUUAAAAACUGUCAUUAAGAAAAAUACAGUAGAAGAGCCAGGAGUCAAGGAGGAGCUGUCACAUCUUUUCCCUCUGUGGUUUGUCAGUUUGAAUGAACUCCCCAUAGUAUUUGGAAAUUGAGGACUAGAAGUCUGCACUCUGAUCAUUCUGAC